AUGCCUGGACGAUUUUCUGGUCUUAUGAAUGCUUUAUACGAUCCAAAAAAAAGACAAUUCCUUGGUCGAGACGGAGCUGGAUGGACCAAAUUAGGUGUUUUUUACUUCUUCUUUUAUCUUGGAUUGGCCGGUUUUUUUUGUGCAAUGUUAGCUGUUUUUAUGGCAUUAUCGCCCCGGGAUCGUCCAAGAUAUUAUGACGAAUCAUCACGUAUGGCUACUCGAUCAAAUCCAUUAACACCCGGUCUUGGCUUUCGACCACAACCAGAUCCAGAUAAGAAUUUAAUUUUCAUUGAUAAGACUGCUCCUAAAGAUGAGCCAAAUCCAAAUGCUAAAAGUCUUGAUCAAUAUCUUCAAAUUUUUUAUUGGAAACAAAAUACAGCUGAAGAAAAAGAAUACUACAAUGAACGUAAACCAGCUAGUAAAAAAUCCGGAAAAUUCGAUAUCAGUCAAAAUCGAUGCCAAAAUAAUACUCAAUAUGGCUAUGCAGCUGGACAACCAUGUGUACUUGUUAAAAUGAAUAAAAUCGUCGGCUUUCAGCCAAUUCCAGGUACAACACUAGAAGAUGAAGAAACUCACAAACCGCCAUGUAAUAAAAAAGCCAAUGCUGUUAGCAUCCAUUGUCAGGGAGAGUAUCCUGCUGAUGAGGACAAUAUUGGAGACAUUACAUAUUACUCGGAAGAUGGCGAAGAUAGACAAUGUGGUUCAUUGUCCACUGACUGGUUUCCUUACGAAGGUAAAGUCAAUCGUCAAGAUGUUUAUCAAGCACCAUAUAUUUGGGUUCAAUUCCUGAAACCAAAACCAAACGUUUUAAUCAAUGUUAUGUGUCGUGUAUACGGUCGAAAUAUUCAUUUUGAUAAGAAAAGUGGUCGUGCUCUAACACGUUUUCAAAUCUAUGUUAAAGAUCCACCAAAAACCACAUCACGACAAGCUGGAGAUAUAUAA